AUCGCAAUUCCGGCGACCUCGUCCAUCUCCUCCGGCGGCACCGUUUUCCUCUUCCAAUACCUCCUCCCCGUCCUAACCAGCAACGGGGAAUGCCACGUCGUCCACAAAUACUUGUCGGAACUCCUCGCCGUCGCCUGCGGCCUAUCGUGCUUCGUCUCGUUGUUCACCGAUAGCUACGUCAACAGCCAGGGGGAUAUUGGCAUCGUUACGACAAAGGGUCUCUGGCCCGGCUCGGAUUCGAAAGACCUGUCGUCGCGUAGGCUCCGUUUCGGUGACAUCGCGCACGCAAUCUUGGCACUCUCCGUAUUCGCCGUCGUAGCGCUUUUGCAUCCCGACGUAGUUGAUUGCUUCUACUCGGACUUCAAGUUGAAGCAGAAGGCCCUCUUGAUGGCCAUGCCGCCGGUCAUUGUUUCCGGGUUCGUGUUCGUCCUGUUUCCCAACACCCGACGCGGCAUCCGGCACCCUCCGACCAAUCAAAUUGGACUAUAUAGCAUAAGGGUGUGUAAAUUGUGUGUACUAAAACUGAUAUAAGUGGUGUAUAUAAGCGAACAAUCGGUUGCCGGGUUCAGUUUCGAACCCGGCAAAUCGAAGAUUUCUU